ACGGUUUUGAAACGGCGGCGGCGGCAAUGACGACGCGCACCGCGGAUGGCGUCGAAGUUCUUCGCGACCGACGGCGCGUGUUUUCACCAGAUACACGGCAUGCAGUGCCGUCCCAGGUGGAUGCCAAGUUUAGACAGCAGCGCAUUCUGGACCACACGAACCACGUCCCGCUCGACUCGUUGCUGCCUUCCCGUCCCUCUUAUGUUCCCAAGAUCCCUGAGUCGGUGAAGUCUCGAGCCAUGCGCGAGAAGACUCGCGCCGGGACUGACAUUCCCAUGCACGUAACGCCGCUGCGGCGAUGCAGCUUGCAAGCCCAGCAGAAGAAUCGCGACGUGGCGAGCGACGCCGAGGAAAUGACGGCGCUACUGCUGCGACUGGACCUGGACAACGUGUCGGCUCUCCACGCCUUGGAGGGGGGCAGCCAACGCAUGUCCCAGGACGAGUUUCUCGCGACAGUUGUGGCCAACAUCCACGGGACGAGCACCGUGUCGAUGGAGGCGACUGUGACGCAGCUCUGCCACCUCUUCCACAAGAUCGACCACGACGAAGACGGCGUAAUCACAUGGACCGAGUUCACGUCGUUCGUGUUGGAGUCCAUGCGGGGCUACUCGGAGCAGCUGCUUGUCGACGGGCUCCACGAGUACAACAAGACGGCAAUCUCGACGCCCAUUGUGGUGAAUCGAGGCAUGGAGGCACUCAUUCAAGCAAAUGACAGCCAGUGCUUCAUCGGGUUUGAACAGCAAAGCAAGGUCUUUCAAGUGUACGAUGCAAGCCGCCAUGGUCAACUCGUUGGAACGUCAGCUCCCUGCACAGGAGGCCACUUGGUUGACAUAACCACCGUUCCUCCAUGGGAUUACAUUGUCGCGAGCACCACGAGCACCACCAUCAACUUCUGGGACGGCCGCGAGCUCUUGCUGCGACAGCAACUGCCGACGACAGAAGUGCAAACGGUCUUACGGUGGAACGACCAGCACAAGCUGCUGUACUCGGCCAGCACGACGGGACUGAUCCGAGCGUGGAACUGCGACACGUUGGAGUGCAUGGGGACGGUGAACCUCAAGACAAAGCACAGCGUGACCGACAUGACGUUCCUCAGUCCUCGCGCAAACGCUGUUGUGGCAUCGUUGGCGCCGACGAUCUCGAUCAUGGACAUCAGUUCCAACAAACAGCUCCACCAGCUCGUCGGCCAUCGACUUGGUGUCACGUGCGUCAAGUACUCCCUCGCCUAUCGAUACAUCAUCAGCGCCGGCCUCGACCAUGACGUCCGCCUCUGGAAUCCUUACGUCGAGUCCAGCAUUGCGACGCUCAAGGGCCAUCACCACCAAGUGGUCGGGCUGACGUGGGUGGACGGCUCGCCAGAAGUGCACUCGGUGGAUGAUGCUGGGUUCGUCAAGAUUUGGGACCUCCGCACGUAUCGGUGCAUACAGACGCUGUCGACAGUGGAUAAGCACCUCUCGUCGGCGUCGUCCAACCACAAAUCCACGAGCGCCAUGGUGUACCUCCCCGACUUGAAUCGGAUCGUCCUUGCUUCGUCUCGCGUCGACUUUCACGACGCCGUGCUCUGGAAUGCCUCGGACGAAAACGCGCUCGAAAAAGAAACGCCGAGCAUGGCGCUGUUCAUGCCGUCCACGCUGACGAUCCUCACGACGGCUGGACGCCACGUCCGUGUGUGGAAUGCGCAGACCGGUCAGCUCACGUACAACUUGCGCGCGCUCGUUCCGUCGACCAUCUCGGCAGGAUGCUACGGCCCUGGGUCCAUUGGAUAUCUUGGGACCCAAACUGGCCGAGUUUACUGCCUCAACGUAGUGUCUGGCACACUUGUGCGCAAUCGUGCGGUCCAUUCAAGGGAGGUGUCGUCGCUAGUCCUAGUGGAGUUCCGGGACCGGUCGGUGGCCCAACGAGUCGUAUCGGCGUCACUAGAUGGGACAUGCGUCGUAUCGGAUGCCGAAACGCUGGCUCCGCUCAACACAAUGAACCAUUGGCAUGGCGUGAAUGGCCACCCGGCGACGCGCGUCGUACCGUUGGACGUCCAUCCGCCACACGAUUACUUUGUCCCGCACCCGACAAAAGCCAUGUACUCGGACUAUGCGCUGGACUGCCUCAAGCGCAUCUUCGCCGUGUACGACCCGGACAAGACCGGCGAGACCGCAUUCAGCCAUGCCGCGCCCCUUUUCGACGCCGUGGUGAAGCUCAACCACCGACCGUGCCAGCGCAACGAAUCCUACCUGGCCAAACUCUUGUUGGCAUCGUCCAAAUCGCCCGCUACGACUCUCACUUUUGUCGACUUUUUGCUCAUGGUCCAUGACACGUGGCACGGGCUGGGCUACGCCGCAGCCGACAUCGGGUGCGUCGCAGUGUCGCAUCAGUAUAACGUGAUCGUGACCGCGUCGAUGGAUGGCCACUUUUGCGUGUGGCACGGCUCCAAGUGCGAGCCCCUCGCGUCGUCGUCGCGACCGAUCGGCGAGCACACAGGCAUCACAGCGAUCGUGUUUCUGGAGCCGCAUCCGAUCUUUGCCGUCGCAAACGACCACGGUGGCCUCGAACUAUAUGCGAUCCCGCCACAUCCGCUGCGUUACGACUGCCUCUUCCGCACGGCGUCGCCAGCGACGAUCCACAAUAUUGCAUGGUGCUUGCCACGAACGCUCGUCACGGGUGAUGAAGAAGGCAACGUCGCAUGCUGGCGCAUCGACGGGCUCUUUGAAAAAGUCUCGGAAGACGACAACCAUACCAACAUCAGUGACUCGAGACGGACGGCGCAGGAGCUCAUGCAAACCAAACAGACUCUUGUCGCCAAGUCCCGGCGCCGGCGUAGACGGAGCACUCACCAGUACGAGUACACGUUAGAAGGACAAGUGUCGCUCGAUGCGUCGUGGUCAGCCCAUAUCGACGCCCUUUGCACCCUAUACCCGUGCAAUGCGGCCAACCAGACGGCGUCGCACGUAGUCACGUGUGGCUGGGAUGGAUUCGUUCGCGUAUGGGCCCUGAGCGAAGAGCGCCUGGUGGGCACGCUUAUUCGUGGCACUCAAGAUAAUCCCCAUCUGGAUGAUAACGUGGCAUGGGGACUCACUUUUCGGCAUGCUGUGGCCAAUGGCAAAAUCGACGUCCACGCAGAGGCAACGCGCUUUCUCGCGGCAUGCGACGGCAGACCAACCACGGCGUCGCCAUCAUCUCCUUCCAAUUCCUCUACCCUUGCUAAGUGUGAUCCUGCCGAAGGAAAGAAGUUGCGGGCGGUGCGGCGAAAGGUAUUCUCGGCGGGGACAGUGCGACGUCUGCCUUCAGACAAACGUACCCUCGACAACACGACGCUAUUUGAAGAUGGAGAGUUCGUCAUCAGCCCAGUGGGUACACGUUGUGCAAUGCGCCUCCAGGAAGCACUCGACUCGUUGGAACCAACAGUAGAGCGGGGUCAGCGUGAAAAGAGGAUGGAUCCACGCAUUCAGCGAAUCCAGCAUGCGCUCAAAGUACUCCAACCUGCGCAAUCUCAGCGCAGACUUCGCGUGCCCACCGACGACGCGAGCAUCGCCGAUCUUGUUCGUGGCGUAUCGACGACGGAUCAACACUCCGCACUAUAGCGCCGCCUAAUUGGCUACACCAGAUGGGACCAGAUCUGGUUCCGGAUAAUCUAUCCGGAUAUGAAUCUCGGAAUCAUAUGAAUUGAACGAGG